AUGUCAUCGAAAUCGAAUACUAAACCAGACAUUUCACAAGCAACAUCAGUUUCACAACAACUUGCACGUCAAUUAGAAGCAACUGCCGAAUCUGACGAAGAAGAAAUUCCAACAAGUGCUUCUGCUUUAAGUCUUGGUGUACGUGCGCAAAAGAAAUUAUUAAGUAAAUUAUCAUCAAAAUCUGUCGCAAAAAUAUUUAUUGAUGAAACAAGUGGUCGUAUAUUAGAUAAUAUACAUAAAUUAGCACGUAAUUAUUCCGGUAAAAAAGAUGCUGACAAAUUAUUAAAAUCUAUCAUUAAAACAAUUGUUAAAAUGGGUAUUUUAUAUAAAAAUGAUUUAUUUACUGAACAUCAACUUAAAUUAAUUGAUGAAUUUCGUAAUCGUUUUCAUUCAUUAUCAAAAUCUAUUAUAACAUUAUAUGAAGUUGAUUUUACAUUUGAUCGAUCAGUUUUAACACGUAUGUGUAAAGAAUGUCAAGAUUUAACCCAUAAAAUAAUAUCAACACAUUUAACACAAAAAUCUCAUGCUCGUAUCGAUUUUGUUUUUAAUUAUGUAUCAAAUUUAGCUUUUCUUGAAUAUUCAUUUAAUCCAAAUUCAACUGUAAAUCGUGCAAUUAUUAAAGAAAUUGUUGAAGAUAUGCAUUCAUUGAUGGAUGCUGGAUUUCUUUAA